GUUCUGGAAGGAAAGAGGAAGCGGCGGUCCCAUUCUGCAGACUCCUCCCUCAGUUCUCCUGGCUCCUCCCAGUUGUCCUCUCUGGAGUCUGGGAGUGAAUCCGAGGAGAAGCAUCACCAUCACAGGAGAAAGAGACGCUCCAAGAGCAAACGCUCCAAGAAGAGGAAUAGAGCGAGGGAGGGGAAGAGAGAGGGUCACACGGAGAGGGUGGAGCCUGGUCUGAAGAGGUGAGAUUCACUGUGAACUACCUCACACCAAUACGGCCAAAUUAUUCACAAGACAUUUUGGGCUUAUUAUGAUGUGCAACUCUCCUGUCAAAUCUGUUUACAUACCACUGAUGUUUUUUAUAUUGGUGUGUUUUGUUGCUACUCAAUAAGCCCUGUGGAUGGAGGGAUGGUGACGGUAGCUGUGGAGGAUGGAGGGAAGGAGCAGAGUGGUGUGAAGAGAGAGAAGCCAGUAGUGCGACCAGAGGAGAUCCCUCCUGUUCCUGAGAACCGCUUCCUGUUGAGGAGAGACCAGCCGGGUCAGGAGCACCAGCCAGACACGUCAGUCUAUCUCUGUUACUAACCCUGUUAACCAGCCAGCCAGACACGUCAGUCUAUCUCUGUUACUAACCCUGUUAACCAGCCAGCCAGACACGUCAGUCUAUCUCUGUUACUAACCCUGUUAACCAGCCAGACAGACACGUCAGUCUAUCUCUGUUACUAACCCUGUUAACCAGCCAGACACGUCAGUCUAUCUCUGUUACUAACCCUGUUAACCAGCCAGACAGACACGUCAGUCUAUCUCUGUUACUAACCCUGUUAACCAGCCAGACAGACACGGCAGUCUAUCUCUGUUACUAACCCUGUUAACCAGCCAGCCAGACACGUCAGUCUAUCUCUGUUACUAACCCUGUUAACCAGCCAGCCAGACACGUCAGUCUAUCUCUGUUACUAACCCUGUUAACCAGCCAGACACGUCAGUCUAUCUCUGUUACUAACCCUGUUAACCAGCCAGACACGUCAGUCUAUCUCUGUUACUAACCCUGUUAACCAGCCAGACACGUCAGUCUAUCUCUGUUACUAACCCUGUUAACCAGCCAGACACGUCAGUCUAUCUCUGUUACUAACCCUGUUAACCAGCCAGACACGUCAGUCUAUCUCUGUUACUAACCCUGUUAACCAGCCAGACACGUCAGUCUAUCUCUGUUACUAACCCUGUUAACCAGCCAGCCAGACACGUCAGUCUAUCUCUGUUACUAACCCUGUUAACCAGCCAGACACGUCAGUCUAUCUCUGUUACUAACCCUGUUAACCAGCCAGCCACGUCAGUCUAUCUCUGUUACUAACCCUGUUAACCAGCCAGACACGGCAGUCUAUCUCUGUUACUAACCCUGUUAACCAGCCAGACACGUCAGUCUAUCUCUGUUACUAACCCUGUUAACCAGCCAGACAGACACGGCAGUCUAUCUCUGUUACUAACCCUGUUAACCAGCCAGCCAGACACGUCAGUCUAUCUCUGUUACUAACCCUGUUAACCAGCCAGACACGUCAGUCUAUCUCUGUUACUAACCCUGUUAACCAGCCAGACAGACACGGCAGUCUAUCUCUGUUACUAACCCUGUUUACCAGCCAGCCAGACACGUCAGUCUAUCUCUGUUACUAACCCUGUUAACCAGCCAGACACGUCAGUCUAUCUCUGUUACUAACCCUGUUAACCAGCCAGCCAGACACGUCAGUCUAUCUCUGUUACUAACCCUGUUAACCAGCCAGACACGUCAGUCUAUCUCUGUUACUAACCCUGUUAACCAGCCAGACACGUCAGUCUAUCUCUGUUACUAACCCUGUUUACCAGCCAGACACGUCAGUCUAUCUCUGUUACUAACCCUGUUAACCAGCCAGACACGUCAGUCUAUCUCUGUUACUAACCCUGUUAACCAGCCAGACACGGCAGUCUAUCUCUGUUACUAACCCUGUUAACCAGCCAGACACGUCAGUCUAUCUCUGUUACUAACCCUGUUAACCAGCCAGACACGUCAGUCUAUCUCUGUUACUAACCCUGUUAACCAGCCAGACACGUCAGUCUAUCUCUGUUACUAACCCUGUUAACCAGCCAGACACGUCAGUCUAUCUCUGUUACUAACCCUGUUUACCAGCCAGACACGUCAGUCUAUCUCUGUUACUAACCCUGUUAACCAGCCAGACACGUCAGUCUAUCUCUGUUACUAACCCUGUUUACCAGCCAGACACGUCAGUCUAUCUCUGUUACUAACCCUGUUUACCAGCCAGACACGUCAGUCUAUCUCUGUUACUAACCCUGUUAACCAGCCAGCCAGACACGUCAGUCUAUCUCUGUUACUAACCCUGUUAACCAGCCAGCCAGACACGUCAGUCUAUCUCUGUUACUAACCCUGUUAACCAGCCAGACACCAGCCAGUCAGUCCCUUCAUUCUGAUCCUACCAUGUGUUGCAUGUCUUGAGGCUCAAUCUAGUCCCGGGCCAAUCUAAUCUAGGGUCAAUCUAGUCUUGUGUAAUACAGUAGCUGCCUAAUUUAACUCAAGAAUUGACCACUUGACCUGAAAUGUUAAUUGAAUAAUGCUUGUCAUUGAAAAUAGGGCAUUCACUUUUUUUAAGCCUCAAAAUGACCCAAACUGAAAACCAAAUGACUUCCAGUUUGUUUGUCUAUAAUUGGGUUCAUGUUAUUUCCAGAACUGAGCCAGGUGCCUCCUCCCUUCCCAAUGACCUGAAGCAGUCCGUCACCAAGUCUGGACGCAAGAUCAAAGGCAGGGGGACAAUGGUACAUUAUCCUAUUAUAACUACUACCAUACUAUAACAAUGGUACAUUCUCUAGUCUGAAGUCUCUGUAAAGCCCCAAUCUGUCUGUAAAGCCCCAAUGUGUCUGUAAAGCCCCAAUGUGACUGAAUCAGGACUCAACACAAAGACAUAACAACCUGUUAUAAGGACAGAAGAUGAACGGUACAGAGACAACUAGAUGUUGCUAAAUAUCCUGAGAAAUCUAUUUUAAUCUCUAAGAAACAAACGUUUCUCUGUCUCUGGUCAUCUCCUGUAUUCCUGAUGAAACUGCCUAGCUCUCAUUUUGCACCGUUAGAUCAUUUUCAUUCCCCGCUAAAGCAUCCAUUCGAUGUUGACUUCAUGGACAUCAGGUAACCAGCCCUUUGUGACCUCUGUGUAGAAACUGGACUAGACUAUCAGGGGAGGAAGUGACAUGUGCAGAACACCAGCGUGCUGUCUGGCUAGUUUCCUGUUCUGCUCUCUCUGCAGAGGGUAUGUCAGUCUGGUUAGUUUCCUGUUCUGCUCUCUCUGCAGAGGUACCACACCCCAGCGUGCUGAAUGUCAGUCUGGUUAGUUUCCUGUUCUGCUCUCUCUGCAGAGGUACCACACCCCAGCGUGCUGAAUGUCAGUCUGGUUAGUUUCCUGUUCUGCUCUCUCUGCAGAGGUACCACACCCCAACGUGCUCUAAGUCCCGCUCUGCCUCGGAGGAGGAGGGGCGAGGAAACAGCGAGACUCCGCCCCACUGGAAGGAGGAAAUGCGGAGAACCAAGUCCUACCAGCCGCCCAGCGUAGAGAGAUGGCGCAGAGGAGACAAGUACGCCGCUGUUUCACUGUAUACAGGAACUACACCAUAGGUCUAUAGGGCCACAACAUGGCUAUUGGGGGCAAGGAGACCCCGAGCUCCACUAAAACCAUGUGCCGUUUUUAAGGGAUUUUAAAAUAAAUGUUAGAACUAUUUGGUUGUAAUAUCAUCACCUCUUGAAGUCAAAUCUACACAUUUUCCGAUUUAUUCCACGUUUAGCUCCAUCAUCAGAGUUAUACAGCAAGUAACUGCAUGGUUUUCAUGAUCAGUAAACAUCAUUGUCUUUUCAGAUACCUGAGGGUAGCCUAUCCAUUUGGCAUGUAGCUACACUACCAGUCAAAAGUUUAGACACCUACUCAUUCAAGGGUUUUUCUUUAUUUUUACUAUUUUCUACAUUGUAGAAUAAUAGUGAAACAACUGAAAUAACACAUAUGGAAUCAUGUAGUAACCAAAAAAAGUGUUAAACCAAUCAAAAUAUAUUUUAUAUUUGAGAUUCUUCAAAUAGCCACCCUUUGCCUUGAUGACAGCUUUGCACACUCUUGGCAUUCUCUCAACCAGCUUCACCUGGAAUGCUUUUCCAACAGUCUUGAAGGAGUUCCCACAUAUGCUGAGCACUUGUUGGCUGCUUUUCCUUCACUCUGCGGUCCAACUCAUCCCAAAACAUCUCAAUUGGGUUGAGGUUGGGUGAUUGUAGAGGCCAGGUCAUCUGAUGCAGCACUCCAUCACUCUCCUUCUUGGUCAAAUAGCCCUUACACAGCCUGGAGGUGUGUUGGGUCAUUGUCCUGUUGAAAAACAAAUGAUAGUCCCACUAAGCGCAAACCAGAUGGGAUGGCGUAUCACUGCAGAAUGCUGUGGUAGCCAUGCUGGUUAAGUGUGCCUUGAAUUCUAAAUAAAUCACAGACAGUAUCACCAGCAAAGCACCCCCACACCAUAACACCUCCUCUUCCAUGCUUUACGGUGGGAAAUACACAUGCGGAGAUCAUCCGUUCACCCACACCGCAUCUCACAAAGACAUGGCGGUUUGAACCAAUUUGGACUCCAGACCAAAUGACACAUUUCCACCGGUCUAAUGUCCAUUGCUUGUGUUUCUUGGUUCAAGCAGGUCUCUUCUUAUCAAAUCAAAUUGUAUUUGUCACAUACACGUGUUUAGCAGAUGUUUAUAGCGGGUGUAGCGAAAUGCUUGUGCUUCUAGCUCCGACAGUGCAGUAAUAUCUAACAAUUACACAACAUAUACCCAAUACACACAAAACUAGUAAGGAAUGGAAUGUAAGAAUAUAUACAUAUAUGGACAAGCAAUGUCAGAGCGGCAUGGACUAAGAUACAGUAGAAUAUUAUAGAAUAGAAUACAGUAUAUACAUAUGAGAUGAGUAGUGCAAGAUAUGGAAACAUUAUUAAAGUGACUAGUGUUCCAUUUCUUAAAGUGGCCAGUGAUUUCAAUAGGCAGCAGCAGCCUCUAAUGUGCUAGUGAUGGCUAUUUAACAGUCUGAUGGCCUUGAGAUAGAAGCUGUUUUUCAUUCUCUCGGUCGCAGCUUUGAUGCACCUGUACUGACCUCGCCUUCUGGAUGAUAGUGGGGUGAACAGGCCGUGGCUCGGGUGGUUGAUGUCCUUGAUGAUCUUUUUGGCCUUCCUGUGACAUCGGGUGCUGUAGGUGUCUUGGAGGGCGGGUAGUUUGCCCCCGGUAAUGCGCUCGGCAGACCGCACCACCCUCUGGAGAGCCCUGCGGUUGUGGGCGGUGCAGUUGCCGUACCAGGCGGUGAUACAGCCCGACAGGAUUCUCUCAAUUGUGCAUCUGUAGAAGUUUUAGGUGAUAAGCCAAAUUUCUUCAGCCUCCUGAGGUUGAAGAGGCGCUGUUGCGACUUCUUCACCACACUGUCUGUGUGGGUGGACCAUUUCAGUUUGUCAGUGAUGUGUACGCCAAGGAACUUGAAUCUUUCCACCUUCUCCACUGCGGUCCCGUCGAUGUGGAUAGGGGGGUGCACCCUCUUCUGUUUCCUGAAGUCCACGAUCAACUCCUUUGUUUUGUUGACGUUGAGGGAGAGGUUAUUUUCCUGGCACCACACUCCCAGAGCCCUCACCUCCUCCCUGUAGGUCAUUGUUGGGAGGAGGUGUCCUUUUAGUAGUGGUUUCUUUGCAGCAAUUCCACCAUGAAGUGGAAUUGUUCUGUUGUUCUGUUACUUGAACUCUGUGAAGCAUUUAUUUGGGCUACAAUUUCUGAGGCUGGUAACUCUAAUGAACUUAUCCUCUGCAGCAGAGGGAACUCUGGGUCUUCCAUUCCUGUGGUGGUCCUCAUGAGAGCCAGUUUCAUCAUAGCGCUUGAUGAUUUUUGCGACUGCACUUGAAGAAACUUUCAAAGUUCUUGAAAUGUUCAGUAUUGACUGACCUUCACGUCUUAGUAAUGAUGGACUGUAAUUUCUCUUUGCUUAUUUGAGCUGUUCUUGCCAUAAUAUGGACUUGGUAUUUUACCAAAUAGGGUUAUCUUCUGUAUACCCCUCCUACCUUGUCACAACACAACUGAUUGGCUCAAACGCAUUAAGAAGGAAAGAAAUUCCACAAAUUAACAAGGCACACCUAUUAAUUUAAAUGCAUUCCAGGUGACUACCUCAUGAAGCUGGUUGAGAGAAUGCCAAGAGUGUGCAAAGCUGUCAUCAAUGCAAAGGGUGGCUAUUUGAAGAUCCUCAAAUAUAAAAUAUAUUUUGAUUUGUUUAACACUUUUUGGGUUACUACAUGAUUCCAUAUGUGUUAUUUCAUAGUUUUGAUGUCUUCACUAUUAUUCUACAAUGUAAAAAAAAUAGUAAAAAUAAUGAUAAACCCUUGAAUGAGAAGGUGUGUCAACUUUUGUCUGGUAGUGUAUAUAAUACAUACAGUGAGGGAAAAAAGUAUUUGAUCCCCUGCUGAUUUUGUAAGUUUGCCCACUGACAAAGAAAUGAUCAGUCUAUAAUUUUAAUGGUAGGUUAAUUUGAACAGUGAGAGACAGAAUAACAACAACAAAAUCCAGAAAAACGCAUGUCAAAUGUUAUAAAUUGAUUUGCAUUUUAAUGAGGGAAAUAAGUAUUUGACACCUCUGCAAAACAUGACUUAGUACUUGGUGGCAAAACCCUUGUUGGCAAUCACAGAGGUCAGACGUUUCUUGUAGUUGGGCACCAGGUUUGCACACAUCUCAGAAGGGAUUUUGUCCCACUCCUCUUUGCAGAUCUUCUCCAAGUCAUUAAGGUUUUGAGGCUGACGUUUGGCAACUCGAACCUUCAGCUACCUCCACAGAUUUUCUAUGGGAUUAAGGUCUGGAGACUGGCUAGGCCACUCCAGGACCUUAAUGUGCUUCUUCUUGAGCCACUCCUUUGUUGCCUUGGCUGUGUGUUUUGGGUCAUUGUCAUGCUGGAAUACCCAUCCAUGACCCAUUUUCAAUGCCCUGGCUGAGGGAAGGAGGUUCUCACCUAAGAUUUGACGGUACAUGGCCCCGUCCAUCGUCCCUUUGAUGCAGUGAAGUUGUCCUGUCCCCUUAGCAGAGAAACACCCCCAAAGCAUAAUGUUUCCACCUCCAUGUUUGACGGUGGGGAUGGUGUUCUGGGGGUCAUAGGCAGCAUUCCUCCUCCUCCAAACACGGCGAGUUGAGUUGAUGCCAAAGAGCUCAAUUUUGGUCUCAUCUGACCACAACACUUUCACCCAGUUCUCCUCUGAAUCAUUCAGAUGUUCAUUGGCAAACUUCAGACGGCCCUGUAUAUGUGCUUUCUUGAGCAGGGGAACCUUGCGGGCGCUGCAGGAUUUCAGUCCUUCACGGCGUAGUGUGUUACCAAUUGUUUUCUUGGUGACUAUGGUCCCAGCUGCCUUGAGAUCAUUGACAAGAUCCUCCCGUGUAGUUCUGGCUUGAUUCCUCACCGUUCUCAUGAUCAUUGCAACUCCACAAGGUGAGAUCUUGCAUGGAGCCCCAGGCCGAGGGAGAUUGACAGUUCUUUUGUGUUUCUUCCAUUUGCGAAUAAUCGCACCAACUGUUGUCACCUUCUCACCAAGCUGCUUGGCGAUGGUCUUGUAGCCCAUUCCAGCCUUGUGUAGGUCUACAAUCUUGUCCCUGACAUCCUUGGAGAGCUCUUUGGUCUUGGCCAUGGUGGAGAGUUUGGAAUCUGAUUGAUUGAUUGCUUCUGUGGACAGGUGUCUUUUAUACAGGUAACAAGCUGAGAUUAGGAGCAUUCCCUUUAAGAGUGUGCCCCUAAUCUCAGCUCAGUACCUGUAUAAAAGACACCUGGGAGCCAGAAAUCUUUCUGAUUGAGAGGGGGUAAAAUACUUAUUUCCCUGAUUAAAAUGCAAAUCAAUUUAUAACAUUUUUUCUGGAUUUUUUUGUUGUUAUUCUGUCUCUCAAUGUUCAAAUAAACCUACCAUUAAAAUUAUAGACUGAUCAUUUCUUUGUCAGUGGGCAAACGUACAAAAUCAGCAGGUGAUCAAAUACUUUUUUCCCUCACUGUAGCUACUAUAACUACUGUAUAUAUAUAUAUAUAUAUAUAUAUAUAUAUAUAUAUAUAUAUAUAUAUAUAUAUAUACUGUAUAAUACGUAGCUACUGAAACUGCUAUAUAUAAUACAUAGUUACUAUAACCACACCAUGGGCCAUAGUUACUAUAACCACACCAUGGGCCAUAGUUACUAUAACCACACCAUGGGCCAUAGUUACUAUAACCACGCCAUGGGCCAUAGUUACUAUAACCACGCCAUGGGCCAUAGUUACUAUAACCACACCAUGGGCCAUAGUUACUAUAACCACACCAUGGGCCAUAGUUACUAUAACCACACCAUGGGCCAUAGUUACUAUAACCACACCAUGGGCCAUAGUUACUAUAACCACACCAUGGGCCAUAGUUACUAUAACCACACCAUGGGCCAUAGUUACUAUAACCACACCAUGGGCCAUAGUUACUAUAACCACACCAUGGGCCAUAGUUACUAUAACCACACCAUGGGCCAUAGUUACUGUAUGUGUGACAACUUGAAAAAAAACAGUUAAGCAUUAUCAAUGCUAAGCACUGAUCCAGCUACAUGUCUUAUUGUUUGAAACCUUGAGGUCAGUUCGACUGUCCCCUCUGAGGGUGUUCUCUUGACUUAACAGAUUGAAUGACCUUUGUUCCAGCAGAUGGGAGGAGGACCGCAGCAGGAGUGACUCCCCGUGGUCCCAGUCCCCGGAGUGCUCCUCAGGCCACAGCUCUGACCGCUCCAGCCAGCCCCGCCCACACAGGAAGGAGAAGAAAAAAGCCAAGCGCAAGAAGGCCAAGAAACGCAAACAUGCCAAGAGACAAAGGAAGGAGUCCACCAAGAGCAAAGAGCCCAAAGAGUCGGCCAUCCCAGAGGGUCAGGGGUCAAAGCUUGGUGACAUGGAGAGAAGGUCCCUCUCUGUGUCCCGGACCCCCUCCGCCCGCCGACGCUCCCCCAGGAAGCAGUGCUCCGGGUUGGGCAAGCGGCGCCGCUCCUCCCCCUCCUCCAGAGACUCCAGGUCCUACACACCCAGCCACUCCAGAUCUCGGGGCAGGUCUAUGUCUUACUCCCAGUCCAGGAGCCUGUCUCGCUCCAGAAGCAGGUCUCUAUCCAUGUCAAGGUCCCGGUCCAGAUCUAGGUCUCGAUCCAGAUCCCGGUACAGAUCCAGGUCUAAGUCUUUGUCCAGGCUCAGGAGGAGGAAGGCAACCAGAUCCUCCAAGAAGCCCAAGAUUGCUGACGUCAGCAGGCUAAAGCCAGACACCUCAGCCGCAGGGGCAGUGAAGGGUGUAGAGACCAAAACCACGGCCCUCCCUACCGCCCCUGAGAACGCCCCUGUCAUCCCCAUGAGCGACAGCCCCCCUCCCUCACGCUGGAAGCCCGGCCAGAAACCAUGGAAACCCUCCUACGUCCGAGUCCAGGAGGUCAAGACCAAGACGACCCCAGCCUGUCUGUCCCCCAUGGGCCCCACAGCCCCCAGUACAUCUGAGAACCACCCAGAGAACUCCCACCUGGAAAAGAGCCAUGGCUCUAAGAGCCACAGACACCAGAGACGAUCACCCAGCGGCUCCUACCGGAGCAGGUCCUACAGCCUUUCUCGCAGUCGCUCCAGGAGUCACUCCCGGUCCAGGAUAAGGUCACCAGGUCACUACUAUAGCAGAUCCUCCUCCUACAGCAGGUCAGACUCUUAUGACUCUCACGGGAGAGGCAUCGACAAGACCUUAGACAAGACUUUAAACAAGAUAAAGAUAGAAAAAGGCUGGAAGCAGUACUACAGCUCUCUGAAGCGGAUCAAGAACCUGGAUAAGUACCUCAAAGCGCCCGACACAAAGAUCAACACAUUUUCAUCUGACUCUGAGGACGGAACAGCAAGCGAACACAGUCCUGGGCCUAGGCAGAAUGGCUCCAAGGGACCGAAACUCUUUGGCCCCUUAUCAGAAGACCGGCAUCGUCAGGCGACAGAAGCAAAAAGUCUGAAACCAGACCAAAAGUCCUUGGAGGAACCCAGCAGUAGGUCAGAGUGGGACAGUGAUGGGGAUAAAAUAGGCAGAAAGACCAGCCUGGUGAACAACCAGAAGCCUGAGGUUAGAUCAGCAGAGAUUCCUGACCAGAGACUGGCAGCUCUCGCUGGGUGGGACUCUGAGAGCGACUCUGAGAAAGUGCUGCCCAAGAUGGUCAUCACCGAGCACAAGGUCUUCCUGUCAGAGAAGGAGGAGGGUGAGGCCAGCUCCGAGUCAGAACACGAACACCAUGUACGGUCACACAGCAAGAUGAACAAAGCCCCUGGAACCUCUGAUGUGUUGGUACUUCCUGUACAUACUGCCUCCCCAUUGGAGGGGAGCCCUGAGAAGGGCCCCGAGGCAGAGACACACAAGAGCAGGAAGAAGAACAAACAUAAACACAAACACAAGAGGAGGAGCUCUGCCAAGUCUGGCUCCCACAGGUCAAAAGUCAAGUCCAAGAGGUCCAAGAGGAAACACCAGAAGCUGAAGGAGACAUUCCACUGGCAGCCGCCACUGGAGUUCGGAGAGGAAGAGGAGGAGGAUGAGUCCCAGAAAGAGAAACAUGCUGCUGUAAAGGAUAGUCCUCAGAGAGCUGACGGGGGAAGAACAGGCAAAUCCCCACAUCUGGAAAAGGAGGACAAGGAGAGAAGUCUUGCUUCACCCAACACAAACAGUUCAAUACAGCCAACGCCUCACAGCAUGGAAGAUACAGCAGAGAUGACCAAAAAACAGAGAGCUAAACCAACUGCCAACUCAAACCCAAAACACACUGAACCUCAGGACCUCACUGCUAACCUGCCAAAGAUGGAUCAGCCAGAGAUGGUAGACGAUAUGGAGAUCUGCACCCCAGAACAUGACCUCCCUGACCCCACUACCGAGCCACCAGGCCCUCUGGGCCAACAGGUCCCAGGUAUCAGUCUGAAAACCCUGGCUCCUCUGAGUUGCACCUUAAAGAAUGGAGACGUGUUCCUCUCACCUGUUAAAGAAUCACAGUCUACAGCCUCUCUGCCAGCUGUGACGCUAGCUAGUGGGGAGCAGCAGGAAACUGCAGCAGGCAGAGCCGCUGGACCUCCUGUCGACCCCAAAUGGAAGCCUCUGAAGGGGAUGGCUGUUCUGCAGGCCCUGAACCCAAACCCCUCCUCCAUGGCCCGUCUGCUCCCCACCAGACUCCCGGAGCACAGUGGGACCCGGACCCAGCCCCAGGGAGGCAUCAGGCCCCAGGGCAGCAGGACCCAGAGCCAAGGCGGAAGGACCCAGGGGGGUGUCAGCAUCCAGAUCAAGAGCCAGAGCCGGGUGCGUCCGGGGUCACUGUUCGACGAGGUACGGAAGACGGCCAGACUGAAUCAGAGGCCCAGGAACCAGGACAGCAGCUCCAGCGAGGAGAGGUCUCAGUCUGCAGCUGGAGCCGGGGGAGGGGCCACGGAGGAGGAGCGGGGCAGCAGGAGGUCCCGGUCGGGAUCUAGCCACUCCCACAGGUCCCGGUCCAGAGGAAGAUCCCCCUCCUCCAGCUGCUCCAGGAAUAGGUCACGCUCCUCCAGCUACUCCUCCAGGUUUACUGACUGGAUGCUUUACUGGUUGGGGGGGGGGGGGGGGGGGGGGGGGUGUAAUGUAUGGGGGGGGGUGGGGGGGUGGGUUUACUGGUUGUGGGUGGGUUACUGGUGGGGGUUACUGGCAUGGUGGGGGGGGGGGUUUGUUUACUGGCUGGGGGGGUGGGUUUAGCUGGGGUACUGGGGGGGGGGGUGGGUUACUGGCUUGGGGGGGGGGUGGGUUUACUGGUGGGGGGGUGGGCUGGGGGGGGUUGGUGGGGGGGGGGAGUGGGGGGGUUUAUGGAGGGGGGGGGGGGGUUAUGGCUGGGGGGGCUGGGGUUUAUGGGGGGGGGGUUUACUGGCGGGGGGUGGGGGUUUAUGGGGGGGGUGGGGGGUUUACUGGCUGGGGGGGGGGGUUUACUGGCUGGGGGGUGGGUGGGGGGGGGUUGUGGGGGGGGGGGGGUUUAAUGGCUGGGGGGGGGGUUACUGGCGGGGGGGUCGGGGUGGGGGGGUGGGUUUACUGGGGGGGGGGGUGGGUGGGUUUUUACUGGCUCUGGGGGGGGGGGUGGUUUAUGAUGGGGGGGUGGGUUUAUGGCUGGGGGGGUGGGGGGGUUUACUGGCUUGGGGGGUGGGUUACUGGCUGGUGGGGGGCGGUGGGGGGGGUGGGGGGGGUUACUGGGGGGGGGGUGGGGUGUUACUGGCUGGGGGGGUGGUUAGGCUGGGGGGGGGGGGUUAUGGCUGGGGGGGGGGGUGGUUUAAUGGCUGGGGGGGGGGGGUUUACUGGUAUGGGGGGGUGGGUUUAGGCUUGGGGGGUGGUUUGCUGGCGGGGGUGGUUACUGGCUUGGGGGGGGUGGUUACUGGCUGGGGGGGGUGGGUUUUUACUGGCCUGGGGGGGUGGUUUACUGGUCGGGGGUCGGUGGGGGUGUUUACUGGCUGGGGGGGUGGGUUUACUGGCUCUGGGGGGGUGGGUUUACUGGCUGGUGGGGGUGGGUUUACUGGCUCUGGGGCGGGGGUUACUGGACGGUGGGUGGUUUAUGGCUCUGGGUGGGGUGGGUUUAUGGCUGGUGGGGGGUCGGGUUUAUGCUACGCGGGGGGCUUAUGAUGCGUGGGGCUUCGCUGGGCCUGGGUUAGCUGGGCUCAGGUGCGGUGACUGGUGGUUUACUGACUGGCUGGUUGACUGACUGGCUGGUUGACUGACUGAAAUGAUUGUUGUUAUUUUGAUAAGUAGCCUGGUAAUGUCUGGUUUGUGUAAUAUAAAGGUAAUAUCCAGGUUUUAUGAUCUACAGGUCUGAUAUGGAAGGACAUAAAUAAUCUGAACUCUUCUCCUAGGAGUCGGAGCAGGGACAGGAGGCGGUAUCCCAGAGGCCGCUCCCGUUCCCGCUCCCGCAGCAUCACCUACCGCAGGUAUAACAGCCACAGUCGGACCUACAGUAGAAGUCAUUCCAGAAGCCGUUCCUAUGAUCGACGCAGGAGAUCCAGGUAGACUAGACAAUACACCUGUCCAUCUGUCCUCCUCCAUGUAGACCUGUCCAUCUGUCCUCCUCCAUGGAGACCUGUCCAUCUGUCCUCCUCCAUCUAGACCUGUCCAUCUGUCCUCCUCCAUGGAGACCUGUCCAUCUGUCCUCCUCCAUGGAGACCUGUCCAUCUGUCCUCCUCCAUGUAGACCUGUCCAUCUGUCCUCCUCCAUGGAGACCUGUCCAUCUGUCCUCCUCCAUGUAGACCUGUCCAUCUGUCCUCCUCCAUGUAGACCUGUCCAUCUGUCCUCCUCCAUGGAGACCUGUCCAUCUGUCCUCCUCCAUCUAGACCUGUCCAUCUGUCCUCCUCCAUGGAGACCUGUCCAUCUGUCCUCCUCCAUGGAGACCUGUCCAUCUGUCCUCCUCAUCUAGAUCUGUCCUCCUCAGUCACGUCUCCAUGUUCAUGUCAAUCAACAAUCCAAAUAUGUAUUUUUUGGUUUGUUGAUAAGCUACAGUGCAUUCGGAAAAUAUUCAGACCCCUUGACUUUUUUUCCCCCCGUCAUCAAUCUACACACAAUACCCCAUAAUGGCAAAGCAAAAACAGGUUUUUAUAAAUUUUUGCUAAUUUAUUUAAAAUAAAAAACUGAAAUCACAUUUUAUAUAAGUAUUCAGACCCUUUACUCAGUACUUUGAAGCACUUUUGGCAGCGAUUACAGCCUUGAGUCUUCUUGGGUAUGACGCUACAAGCUUGGCACACGUGUAUUUGGGGAGUUUCUCCCAUUCUUCUCUGCAGAUCCUUUCAAGCUCUAUCAGGUUAGAUGGAGAGCGUCGCUGCACAGCUAUUUUCAGGUCUCCAGAGAUGUUAGAUCGGGUUCAAGUCCAGGCUCUGGCUGGGCCACUCAAGGACAUUCAGAGACACCUGCGUUGUCUUGGCUGUGUGCUUAGGGUCGUUGUCCUGUUGGAAGGUGAACCUUCGCCCCAGUCUGAGGUCCUGAGCGCUCUGGAGCAGGUUUUCAUCAAGGAUCUCGAUGUACUUUGCGCCGUUCAUCUUUGCUUUGAUCCUUACUAGUCUCCCAGUACCUGACGCUGAAAAUAUCCCCACAGCAUGAUGCUGCCAAAUCAAAUCAAAUGUUAUUUGUCACACGUGUUUAGCAGAUGUUAUUGUGGGUGUAGCGAAAUGCUUGUGCUUCUAGCUCCGACAGUGCAGUAAUAUCUAACAAGUAAUAUCUAACAAUUUCACAACAUAUACAGUGGGGAAAAAAUGUAUUUAGUCAGCCACCAAUUGUGUAAGUUCUCCCACUUAAAAAGAUGAGAGAGGCCUGUAAUUUUCAUCAUAGGUACACGUCAACUAUAACAGACAAAUUGAGGAGAAAAAAUCCAGAAAAUCACAUUGUAGGAUUUUUUAUGAAUUUAUUUGCACAUUUUGGUGGAAAAUAAGUAUUUGGUCACCUACAAACAAGCAAGAUUUCUGGCUCUCACAGACCUGUAACUUCUUCUUUAAGAGGCUCCUCUGUCCUCCACUCGUUACCUGUAUUAAUGGCACCUGUUUGAACUUGUUAUCAGUAUAAAAGACACCUGUCCACAACCUCAAACAGUCACACUCCAAACUCCACUAUGGCCAAGACCAAAGAGCUGUCAAAGGACACCAGAAACAAAAUUGUAGACCUGCACCAGGCUGGGAAGACUAAAUCUGCAAUAGGUAAGCAGCUUGGUUUGAAGAAAAUCAACUGUGGGAGCAAUUAUUAGGAAAUGGAAAGACAUACAAGACCACUGAUAAUCUCCCUCGAUCUGGGGGCUCCACGCAAGAUCUCACCCCGUGGGGUCAAAAUGAUCACAAGAACGGUGAGCAAAAAUCCCAGAACCACACGGGGGGACCUAGUGAAUGACCUGCAGAGAGCUGGGACCAAAGUAACAAAGCCUACCAUCAGUAACACACUACGCCACCAGGGACUCAAAUCCUGCAGUGCCAGACGUGUCCCCCUGCUUAAGCCAGUACAUGUCCAGGCCCGUCUGAAGUUUGCUAGAGUGCAUUUGGAUGAUCCAGAAGAGGAUUGGGAGAAUGUCAUAUGGUCAGAUGAAACCAAAAUAUAACUUUUUGGUAAAAACUCAACUCGUCGUGUUUGGAGGACAAAGAAUGCUGAGUUGCAUCCAAAGAACACCAUACCUACUGUGAAGCAUGGGGGUGGAAACAUCAUGCUUUGGGGCUGUUUUUCUGCAAACGGACCAGGACGACUGAUCCGUGUAACGGAAAGAAUCAAUGGGGCCAUGUAUCGUGAGAUUUUGAGUGAAAACCUCCUUCCAUCAGCAAGGGCAUUGAAGAUGAAACGUGGCUGGGUCUUUCAGCAUGACAAUGAUCCCAAACACACCGCCCGGGCAACAAAGGAGUGGCUUCGUAAGAAGCAUUUCAAGGUCCUGGAGUGGCCUAGCCAGUCUCCAAAACUCAACCCCAUAGAAAAUCUUUGGAGGGAGUUGAAAGUCCGUGUUGCCCAGCGACAGCCCCAAAACAUCACUGCUCUAGAGGAGAUCUGCAUGGAGGAAUGGGCCAAAAUACCAGCAACAGUGUGUGAAAACCUUGUGAAGACUUAAAGAAAAAUUGUUUGACCUGUGUCAUUGCCAACAAAGGGUAUAUAACAAAGUAUUGAGAAACUUUUUUGUUAUUGACCAAAUACUUAUUUUCCACCAUAAUUUGCAAAUAAAUUCAUUAAAAAUCCUACAAUGUGAUUUUCUGGAAUUUGUUUUCUCAUUUUGUCUGUCAGUUGACGUGUACCUAUGAUGAAAAUUACAGGCCUCUCUCAUCUUUCUAAGUGGGAGAACUUGCACAAUUGGUGGCUGACUAAAUACUUUCUUUCCCCACUGUACCCAAUACACACACAUCUAGUAAGGAAUGGAAUUUAAGAAUAUAUACAUAUAUGGACAAGCAAUGACAGAGCAGCAUGGACUAAGAUACAGUAGAAUAUUAUAGAAUAGAGUACAGUAUAUACAUAUGAGAUGAGUAGUGCAAGAUAUGUAAACAUUAUUAAACUUUUACCCCUACCUACAUGUACAGUGGGGAGGACAAGUAUUUGAUCCACUGCCGAUUUUGCAGGUUUUCCUACUUAAAAAGCAUGUAGAGGUCUGUCAUUUUUAUCAUAGGUACACUUCAACUGUGAGAGACGGAAUCUAAAACAAAAAUCCAGAAAAUCACAUUGUAUGAUUUUUAUGUAAUUAAUAUGCAUUUUAUUGCAUGACAUAAGUAUUUGAUCACCUACCAACCAGUAAGAAUUCCGGCUCUCACAGACCUGUUAGUUUUUCUUUAAGAAGCCCUCCUGUUCUCCACUCAUUACCUGUAUUAACUGCACCUGUUUGAACUUGUUACCUGUAUAAAAGACACCUGUCCACACACUCAAUCAGACUCCAACCUCUCCACAAUGGCCAAGACCAGAGAGCUGUGUAAGGUCAUCAGGGAUAAAAUUGUAGACCUGCACAAGGCUGGGAUGGGCUACAGGACAAUAGGCAAGCAGCUUGGUGAGAAGGCAACAACUGUUGGCGCAAUUAUUAGAAAAUGGAAGAAGUUCAAGAUGACGGUCAAUCACCCUCGGUCUGGGGCUCCAUGCAAGAUCUCACCUCAUGGGGCAUCAAUGAUCAUGAGGAAGAUAAGGGAUCAUCCCAGAACUAUACGGCAGGACCUGGUCAAUGACCUGAAGAGAGCUGGGACCACAGUCUCAAAGAAAACCAUUAGUAACACACUACGCUGUCAUGGAUUAAAAUCCUGCAGUGCACGCAAGGUCCCCCUGCUCAAGCCAGCGCAUGUCCAGGCCCGUCUGAAGUUUGCCAAUGACCAUCUGGAUGAUCCAGAGGAGGAAUGGGUGAAGGUCAUGUGGUCUGAUGAGACAAAAAUAUAGCUUUUUUGGUCUAAACUCCACUCGCCGUGUUUGGAGGAAGAAGGAUGAGUACAACCCCAAGAACACCAUCCCAACCGUGAAGCAUGGAGGUGGAAACAUCAUUCUUUGGGGAUGCUUUUCUGCAAAGGGGACAGGACGACUGCACCGUAUUGAGGGGAGGAUGGAUGGGGCCAUGUAUCGCGAGAUCUUGGCCAACAACCUCCUUCCCUCAGUAAGAACAUUGAAGAUGGGUCGUGGCUGGGUCUUCCAGCAUGACAACGACCCGAAACACACAGCCAGGGCAACUAAGGAGUGGCUCCGUAAGAAGCAUCUCAAGGUCCUGGAGUGGCCUAGCCAGUCUCCAGACCUGAACCCAAUAGAAAAUCUUUGGAGGGAGCUGAAAGUCCGUGUUGCCCAGCGACAGCCCCGAAACCUGAAGGAUCUGGAGAAGGUCUGUAUGGAGGAGUGGGCCAAAAUCCCUGCUGCAGUGUGUGCAAACCUGGUCAAGACCUACAGGAAACGUAUGAUCUCUGUAAUUGCAAACAAAAGUUUCUGUACCAAAUAUUAAGUUCUGCUUUUCUGAUGUAUCAAAUACUUAUGUCAUGCAAUAAAAUGCAAAUGAAUUACUUAAAAAUCAUACAAUGUGAUUUUCUGGAUUUUUGUUUUUGAUUCCGUCUCUCACAGUUGAAGUGUACCUAUGAUAAAAAUUACAGACCUCUACAUGCUUUGUAAGUAGGAAAACCUGCAAAAUCGGCAGUGGAUCAAAUACUUGUUCUCCCCACUGUACAUAUGAGAUGAGUAGUGCAAGAUAUGUAAACAUUAUUAAAGUGACUGGUGUUCCAUUUCUUAAAGUGGCCAGUGAUUUCAAUAGGCAGCAGCAGCCUCUAAUGUGCUAGUGAUGGCUAUUUAACAGUCUGAUGGCCUUGAGAUAGAAGCUGUUUUUCAUUCUCUCGGUCCCAGCUUUGAUGCGCCUGUACUGACCUCGCCUUCUGGAUGAUAGUGGGUGAACAGGCAGUGGCUCGGGUGGUUGAUGUCCUUGAUGAUCUUUUUGGCCUUCCUGUGAAAUCGAGUGCUGAAUGUGUCUUGGAGGGCGGGUAGUUUGCCCCCUGGUAAUGCGUUCGGCAGACCGCACCACCCUCUGGAGAGCCCUGCGGUUGCGGGGAAUCUUUGUUUCAUCAGACCAGAGAAUCUUAUUUCUCAUGGUCUGAGAGUCCUUUAGGUGCCUUUGGGCAACUCCAAGCGGGCUGUCAUGUGCCUUUUACUGAGGUCUUAUUGGUGGAGUGCUGCAGAGAUGGUUGUCCUUCUGGAAGAUUCUCCCAUCUCCACAGAACAAGUCUGGAGCUCUGUCAGAGUGGCCAUCAGGGUUCUUGGUCACCUCCCUGACCAAGGCCCAUCUCCCCCGAUUGCUCAGUUUGGCCAGGCGGCCAGCUCUAGGAAGAGUCUUGGUGGUUCCAAACUUCUUCCAUUUAAGAAUGAUUGAGGCCAAUGUGUUCUUGCGGACUUUCAAUGCUGCAGAAACAUUUUGGUACCCUUCCCCAGAUCUUUGCCUCGACACAAUCCUCUCUGAGCUCUAGGGUCAAUUCCUUCGUCCUCAUGGCUUGGUUUUUGCUCUGACAUGCACUGUCAACUGUGGGACCUUUAUAUAGACAGGUGUGUUCCUUUCUAAAUCAUGUCCAAUCAAUUGAAUUUACCACAGGUGGACUCCAAUCAAGUUAUAGAAACCUCUCAAGGGUGAUCAAUGGAAACAGGAUGCACCUGAGCUCCAUUUAGAGUCUCAUAGCAAAGGGUCUGAACACUUAUGUAAAUAAGAAAUUUAGUAGGGGUGGCUGGUAUUGGAUGCAUUGACCUUGAUGAAUGUAAAAACUUUAGGGUUUGUUGAACUGAAGUGAUGUUAAGGUUAAGUUACGAAGGUGUAUAUAGAAAGCUGGUGUAGUGCUGUAAGACUAUUGUGUGUGCAGUGAGUUAGAAGCUGUGUUAUUGCAUAAGAUCGUGGGUAGUGGUAUAGUGUAGAGUAUAGAUUGUGCUCGAGUUAGGUUAGUAGUACUAGGCUAUGUAGUAGUGAGUAAGCUAGUAGUAAGUGUAUUUGCAGGAGUGUUUUAGUAGUAGGCAUUAGUAAGUGAGUAGUAGAGUAGUAGGCAGUAGUGUGUAGUAAGGUAGUAUAAGGUGAGUAGUAGUAGAGCUAUAGAAAGGCUGUAUAGUAGUAGUAAGUGUUGCUGUAGAUUCUAUUAAGGCUGUGUAGUAGUAGUAGUUUAGUAGGUAGUUAGUAGUAAGCUGUGUAGUGUAGUAGUGUAUAGUAAGUAGUAGUAGUAGUAGUAAGGCUGUGUCUUUAGUGUAGUGUAGUAUAGUGUAUGUAGUAAGGCUUGUAAGUAGUAGUGUGUAAGGCUAGUAGUUAUUGUAUAGGCUGUAAGUUGUAGUAGUGAGUAGUUAAGGCUGUAGUAGUAGAGUAGAAAAGUAGUAGGUUGUAGUUAGUUGUAGGUAAGUGCUGUAGUAGUAUAUUAAGAGGCUGUGUAUAGAUAGUAGUGUAAGUGUAGUAGUAAUAAGCGUUAGUAGUAGUAGUUGUAGUAGUAUAGGUGUUAUGUAGUUAAGUGUUGUAGUAGUAUAGUUUGUAGUGAGUAGUAGUAAGUGUAGUAUGUAAGGCUGUGUGUAUAGUGUAGUAGUAGUAAGCUAUGUGUAGUUAGUAUGUAGUAUGUAAGUAGUAGUGUAGUAGUAGUAAGGCUGUGUGUAGUAGUAGUAAGUAGUAGUAGUAGUAGUGUAUGUAAGGCUGUAGUAGUAGUAUGUGUAGUAGUAGUGAGUGUGUAGUUAGUUGUGGUAGUAAGAAGUAGUAGUAGUAGUGUGUAGUAGCGUUAUAUGUAAGUAGUUGUAGUAGUAGUAGUUAGUUUAGUAGUUUAGUAUAAGGCUAGAGUAGUAGUAUAGUGGGUAAGGCGUAGUAGUAGUAGUAAGGCUGUUGUAGUAGUAGUAGUAGUAGUAGGCUGUAGUAUAUUAGUAGUAAAAGGCUGUAAGUAGUAGUGUAGUAGUUAGUAGUUAAGGCUGUUAUAUGUAGCUUGUAGUAGUAGUAGUGUAGUAGUAAGCUGUAGUUGUAGUAGUAGGUAGUAGUAGUGUAGUGGGUGUAGUAGUAGUAGUAAGUAGGUAGUAGUAGUAAGGCUGUGUAGUAGUGAGUAGUAGUAGUAAGGCUGUAGUAUGUAGUAUUGCUGUAGUAGUAGUAGUAGGCUGGUAGUAGUAGUAGUAAGAGUAGUAGUGUGUGUAGUAGGCUGUAGUAAUGUAGUAUUUAAGUAUAAGCUGUGCUGUAGUGUAGUAGUAGUAGUUAGUAAGGCUAGUAGUAGUGUAGUAGUAGUAUAGGCUGUAGUAGUAGUAGUGUAGUAGUGUAGUAGAGUAGUAAAGGGUAGUAGUAGUAGAAAGGCUUGUAGUAGUAGUAGUAGUAAGGCUUGUGUAGUAGUAGUAGUAAGCUGUAGUAGUAGUGUAUGUAAGGCUGUAGUAGUAGUAGUAGUAGUAGUGUAGAUAGUAGUAGGCUGUAGUAGUAGUAGUAGUGUAGUAGUAUAGGUAAGUGUAGUAAGGCUGUAGUAGUAGUAGUAAGGCUGUAGUAGUAGUAGGGGUGUAGUAGUGUAGUAGUAGUAGUAGUAGUAGUAGUAGUAGUAAGGCUGUAGUAGUUAGUGUAGUGUAGUAGUAGUAAGUAGGGUAGUAGUAGUAGUAGUAGUAGUAGUAGCUAGAAAGUCAGGUAGUAGUGUAAGGCUGUGAGUAGUAGUGUUUAGAGUAGUAGUAAGGCUGUAGUAGUAGUAUAGAGCUGUAGUAGUAGUAGUAAGGUUGUAGUAGUAGUAGCUAGUAGUAUGUAAGUAGUAUAGUAGUAAGUGCUGUAGUAGUAGUAGUAGCUAGUAGUAGGUAGUAGUAAGGCUGUAGUGUAGUAGUAUUAGUAAGGCUGUAGUAGUAGUAGUAGUAGUAAGGCUGUAGUAGUAGUAGUAGUAGUAUAGGCUGUAGUAGUAGUAGUAGUAGUAAGGCUGUAGUAGUAGUAUAGUAGUAAGGCUGUAGUAGUAGUAGUAGUAGCUGUAGUAGUAGUAGUAAGGCUGUAGUAGUAGUAGUAAGGCUGUAGUAGUAGUAAGUAAGGCUGUAGUAGUAAUUUAGUAGUUAGUAGUAAGGCUGUUAGUUAGUAGUUAGUACUGUGUAGUGUAAGGCGGUAGUGAGUAGGUGAUAGAAAGGCUAGUAUAGAGUAGUAUACAGUAGUAGUAGUUCUGUGUAGUUCUUAGAAGUAAGCCAUGGUAUAUUUUGUUCGUGUAGCUAGUCGUAAAAUGUAGUAUAGGCUGUAUGUGUAGUAGUAGUAGUAACGUAGUAGUAGUAGUAAGGCUGUGUUAGUAGUUAGUUGUAAGUAAGUAGUAGUAGCUGUUAUAGUUUAAGCUUGUAUAAGUAACAGGUAGUAGUAGUGUAAGGCUUUAGAAGUAAAGUAGUAGUAUAGUAGCUGUGUAUGUUUAGUUAGAAAGUGUAAGUAGUAUAGUAUAGGCUGUAGUAGUAGUUAGUCAGUAAAGGCGUAGUAGUAGUAUUGGCUGUAGUAGUAGUAGUAGUAGUAAGGCUGUAGUAGUAGUUAGAGUAUAGGCCUUGUAUUUUUAGUAGUAGUAUAGUCUGUAGUACGUAUAGUAAGGCUGGUAGUAUUCUGUUAGUAGUAGUCGUAGUGUAGUAAAGUAAGGCUGUGUAGUAGUAGUCUAGUAGUAGUAGUUAUGUAGCUAGUAUAGUGAGUAGUAGUAUAGUAGUGUUAGUUGUUCUGUAGUAAUAGUAGUAGUAAGUAGUUAGUAGUAGUAGUAGUAGUAGUAAGCUGUAGUAGUAGUAGUAGUACUAGUAAGGCUGUAGUAGUAGUAUUAGUAAGGCUGUAGUAGUAGUAGGCUGUAAUGUAACAAUGUGGAAAAAAGGAAGGGGUCUGAGUACUUUCCCAAUUUGCUGUCUGUUUGGUGACCAGUCCUGUCUGUCUUAACACAGGUCUGACUCCUAUGACACUUACUCCAGUUGUAGUCGUAGCCGCAGCGCCAGCAGGAGACGUGGGAGGAGGAGUGAUAGCUAUCGGAGCUCCAGGUAAGAGGAUCUACUUCCUCACACCACUGGUAUAUUCUCUGUUCUGUUCUCCUCUCGCCAAACACACACCACUGGUAUAUUCUCUGUUGUUCUCCUCUCGCCAAACACACACCACUGGUAUAUUCUCUGUUCUGUUCUCCUCUCGCCAAACACACACCACUGGUUAUUCUCUGUUCUGUUUUCUCCUCUCGCCAAACCACACACCAUGGUAUUCUCUGUUCUGUUCUCCUCUCGCCAAACACACACCACUGGUAUAUUCUCUGUUCUGUUCUCCUCUCGCCAAACACACACCACAGGUAUAUUCUCUGUUCUGUUCUCCUCUCGCCAAACACACACCACAGGUAUAUUCUCUGUUCUGUUCUCCUCUCGCCAAAGUGACUCCAUGUUAUACAAGUUUUGAAGAGUCAAACCAUCCACAACUAGACUAAAGUCAAAUAUUUAUUUAUAUCUUCUUCACUAUUUUCUGUCCUUCAUAUUCCUCUCUCCUGUCCCUCUGCAGGUCCUCCCAAUCCUCUAGUCGCAGUUCCUCCCGGCACUGGAGCCACAGUGGCAGAUACAGUUGAUCUGGGUCAUGUCUGUUUCUGUCUCUGUCCUGAUGUCCUGGUGAUUCAUGAGUCUGUCUCUGUCCUAGUGAUUCAUGAGUCUGUUUCUGUCUCUGUCCUGAUGUCC